CCGGUUUAGCCAAACUGAUUUGUCGUACGCUUUUGGAGCUUUCUACAAUGAUACCAUCGUUUUUGCAAAUUUCAUUCCAAUUUUUUUUCAUUCAUCUUGAUUCUUGAUCGAUGGUCGAUACGUAAAUUUUCUUUCAAUUUAUACGGGCUGAAAUCUUGCAUUUCUUCGCCUUCUUCUCCGGUGGGCAGGAACACAACACUCUCAAAUCUCAGACUCCGACACUAAGAAAACCUCACUCGGCGUUCCCCUUAUCGGUGAAUGAUUACACGAUAAACCCUGUCUUUGGUUUUCUCAAAUGAGCUGGAGGCAGCAUGUGCGCUGUUUAGCCAGAAAAUACAGGUCAUCACAAUGUUUGAUGGCUAACAAGCAAAUGAAUGGGAUUCUGGUUGUUGAAGAGAAUCCUUUCUUUUGGUUGAAACUGUAUAGAGGAUAUGUAUCAUCAAUGUUGCCUUCUCAAACUGAUCCAAGAAACAUAUAUCUUUCCAAAUCGUUGAACUCUGGAAGAAACAUGCUAUCAGUGGUUAAGCUGUCCGGUUCUGUUGUGAGAAAUAUCCAAGGCCUGCAGCAUCCUCUAAUGAUCGUAUCUCGUCAAUUUGGCCAGGGUGCACAAAAUGAUCCUGAUUUGAGCAGAGAUUUUUUUGUACAGCUUUGGGUUGCAGAUAGAAAGAUGAAGCAGUCUGGUGUAAAACGAAGACCAAGAAGUCAUAGAUUUUUGAACGACGGUGAAUCGGGGUCUGAUAGCCAAUUCUUUUCCAAAUUUCCAUCUGGAAGACAUUUCUCUGGUGCUUCUGCUGCAGAGGAAAAAUCCUUUCAAGAAGCAAAGCCAAAUCUUAGACAACCACCGCCUAGCCAAUCUGUGACGGGUAUUCUGCAACCUUCAUCACCUGAGGAGGCUAUGGUUGCUCCUCUUCUUGCUAGAUCCAACUUGCUAAUUACUAGAGAUAUAGAAUGGGCAAAUCUUGUUCUUGGCUUUGAGCAAGAAAACCGAUAUGCUAUUGUAGAUGUAUGCUACCCACAAUCGCCUGCAGGUUAUAUCCGUGAAAAGAGUAAUUUGCUUGCAAGACAGUUGCUUCGCCUAAGACGACCUUUUGUGGCUUAUAUAACUGAUGGUCUGGGUAAUGAGCUUUUCAGGGUACGAAGGCCCUUUUGGUGGAUCACCAGCUCAAUUUAUGCUGAGAUAAAUGGAAAAGAAAUAGGAGUAGUCCACAGAAGAUGGCAUCUCUGGAGAAGAAUUUAUGAUCUGUAUUUGGGUAACGAGCAAUUUGCUGUGGUUGAGAAUCCUGGCUUGUGGAACUGGACGUUUACAUUAAAGGACAUUGAUGGGAAAGUGCUGGCUCAGAUAGAUCGUGACUGGAGGGGAUUUGGUUUUGAGAUUUUUACUGAUGCUGGCCAGUAUGUGAUCCAAUUUGGUAAAGCUGAUUCCAGUAUUGCUCCGGUUGGAGGGAUUCAAGAGUUAGAUGUAGUUCGUCCACUAACCCUCUCUGAGCGAGCAGUAGCUGUUGCACUUGCUAUAUCACUUGAUAAUGAUUACUUCUCAAGACAUGGAGGCUGGGGAAUUCCAUUUGUUGAAGUUGGUGAAUGAACCAUAUUCUGCUAUUGCUUGCAAGUCAUCUGCUUAAGGUGAGGAUUAAAGUAUGCAAAAAGGGGAAAUUCUGUACAGUAAUAUAAAGACGCUUCUAUCUCCUAACCAUGGUGUACUGAAUAGCAAAUCUAUACUACGUUUGAGUCACAAGUCCUGCCAAAUCAAGAGUGAAGUUUGAAAUCAGGUAAAUACACUUGGAUAACAUUCUUAACUGCUGCAAAUGAUAAGGUCUUAUUGAUUGAAUUGAUUAUGGACUGUUGUCAUAUCACAAUGGAAGUUAUUUAUCUAAUUACCAUCAAGCCUCUAUAUUUUUGUCCAAACGAAAAAUUCUCGAUAAAAUAGUUUGGAUUGGCUCAUCUUAUAACACCAGUCAAGCAUACGAAGUUGUGCUGGUAUGGUUAGUCUAUUGACCUUAGCAAGCCAAGAACUUGCCAAUAUUUAGUGAAUUUGCAGAGCCAUAUUCUUGGUUGGGUAGCUAUUUCAACUUGUACAAAUAUGAAAUCUUAAUCUGAUGGAAUUGAAUAUUGGCUCAUGUUUGUUUUUAAUAUCUAAUAUGUAUGAAUGGACAUGGAACAAUAUUAGUUGCUA